CAACACUCUGAGCGCGUAUGGCAAAGGAACUUAUUCUGGUAGUUUAUAGAUUUAUUUGAACUGUGCAUUUUAUCCUUAGCAGUUUAUACAGCUUCUAUUCAUAAUAAGCUUGGAUUUAUGAAUAGAUCCGGGCUGCCAAUACAAUACAGUACUAAACACAUCGAGUUGAACAUUGUUGGCUAUAUUAAAAUAACCUGUUGCUAUAUAGAAAUUACUGCAUAUAAGUUUUCAGCGGAUCGGAGGUAGUUUUUACAUAAAUUGCAAAGUAAUUUAAUCUGGCAAGUGAAAAUAUGAAUCAGUCAAGUUAAAACUGUAACAUAAAUACUUGAGAUAGCAAAGACCGCAAAACUGUUUUCAUACAAAAACAUAGGAUAGAAUGUAAAAUACUUGUUUUAUCAAUCACAACUGAGUGAGGAGUUGAUAGAUAUUUCAUACAGUUGAACAACAAACAAGGAAAAUGAAGAGAACAUUAUUGAUUAUUGUGACCAUUUCCAUGGUAAUGUCAACUGGUAUAUUAGCAAAUGUUGCGGAAAAUGACGAUAACGAUCUGUUGGAAUCCCUGCUUGAGGAGUACCUACAAUUUGAAAAACACAGCUCUUUAGAAAACACCGUGAAUGAUGACGACCAGUCUUCCAGAGAAUGGCUGAAGAUGUAUGAUUCUGAAUCAACAGAUUUCACACAUAGGAUGUCCCUGCUUGAGUGGCAAUAUGAAACUGAUAUAACUCCAGAACAUGCUCAGGCUCUUAUUGAUAUCAAUGUAGAAUACAGUGAAUGGAUUUUGAAAAAAGUUAAAGAAGCUGAAGAAUAUACAAAUGUAAAAGCUAAUGAUCUGCAACGCCAGCUGAAACUUAUCAAAACUAGGGCGACUCCAAAAGAUCCAGGAGUUACUAAACAGAUGGCAGAGUUAGAAACAAAAUUAUCGAACAUAUAUGCUGAAGGAAAAGUGGAACACAAUGGAACAUUACUUCGACUGGAACCUGAACUGCAAGAUAUCUUAUCAAAAAGUAGGGAUUAUGAUACACUGUUGUGGGCCUGGAAAGGAUGGAGAGACAUUUCCGGAAAGUUAAUGAGAAAAUCAUACACAGACUUUGUGAAAUUACAAAACAUUGGAGCAAGAGAAAAUGGUUUCAAGGACUAUGGAGAUUUUAGAAGGAGGGGACCGUAUGAAAUGGAUAUUGCUGAUAUGGUCGAUGAGCUAUUUCUUCAGAUAAAGCCAAUGUAUCUUCAACUACAUGCUUAUGUACGUCGCAGGCUUCGUGAAAAUUACCCAAUGGCAGGUAUUACAAAAACCAGCCCAAUACCAGCUCAUUUAUUUGGUAACAUGUGGGCUCAACAGUGGGACCAAAUUCUAGACCUAGUUACCCCUUACCCCUAUGUCUCCACAGAUGAACCCAAUAUCCUAAAACGUAAAGGCUUCACUCCUCUAAAGAUGAUGAGGACAGCGGAGGAAUUUUUUACUUCAAUUGGUUUGGAUCGCAUGACAAGGAGUUUCUGGGAGAAAUCAAUGUUAACAAGGCCAAAAGGAAGAGAGGUGGCAUGUCAUGCUUCUGCAUCAGAUUUCUCGGAUGGCGAAGAUUUCAGGAUAAAAAUGUGUGCUGAGGUUACAAAGGGUGAACUGCAGACCAUGCAUCAUGAAAUGGGACACAUAGAGUACUACAUGCAGUACGCCCAUCAACCAAAUGUCUACAGAGGAGGUGCAAACCCAGGAUUCCAUGAGGCAGUUGGUGACACUAUUGCCCUAUCAGUGAUGACUCCAGGACACAUGGAAAAGAUUGGUUUGGCAAAUGAGGAGGAAUCUUCAUCUGAAGACACCGACAAACAAAUGAUCAAUUUCCUCCUUUCAAUGGCUUUGAGUAAGAUCGCCUUUUUACCAUUUGGACUUCUCAUUGAUAAAUAUCGCUGGGAUAUAUACAGCGGUAAAGUGGAUGAAACUAACUAUAAUGCAAAAUGGUGGGAGUAUAGGAUAAAACACCAGGGGGUCAGCCCACCUAUUCCUCGUUCAGAAAAUGACUUUGAUCCUGGUGCUAAGAAUCAUGUAGCCACAAAUGUGCCUUAUAUUCGUUAUUUCUUUAGUUUUAUCCUACAGUUUAUGUUUCACGAAUCUCUGUGUGAUAAAGCAGGUUAUGAAGGUCCUUUAUACUACUGCGACAUCUUUCAGUCUAAGACUGCAGGUGAAAGCCUUAAAAAUAUGCUUUCGAUGGGUGCAAGUAAACCGUGGCCUGACGCACUUGAAGCAAUAUCGGGUAAACGUUUCGUUGACACCUCAUCUAUUAUUAAAUAUUUUGAGCCUUUAAUGAAAUGGCUUAAAGAAGAUAAUGAGAAACAUGGGGAAACUCCAGGAUGGGACCCUAAUGAAGAAACUUAUAAAUCAGAAAAUGAUAUCUCAAAACAAGCUCUUGUUAGAGAAAUAUUGGAAGCUCUAAAAGAAAAUGAUCAGUAUUAAAUGCAAUCAAAAUUUCAUAUGGUCUGUCACAGAAUCGUGCAAUUAUUAUUUUGAUCACGGGGACCAAGGUGCAAAGAAUAAUUAUUGUCAAAAUAACAAUUUAUUUAUGUCAAAUUUCAGAUUUGGUUUUCAACCUGGAACUGACCCUCGUAAUAUCAAAAAUAUUAAAAGUUAUUGAAUAAAAAAUUGACCAGUUCAGUCAAGGCAAACAUGUUAUAAGGAGAUCCCCGAGUC